UCCUCUAGAAGCAUGAGCAGUUUGGUGAGUUUCACCACUUGCUCCAGGAGCUGCAUAUGGAUGAUGGCCGCUUUCAGCGGUACCACCGUCUUUCCCUUGCCCAGUUUGAGGAGCUGCUGUCCCGCGUGGGUCCCAGCAUCGCCCGCCUAAACACCAAUGUCUGUCUUCCUGCGAGAGAGAGCAUUAGAAACACAAGCAGUUUAUGCUGCCACUGCUGCAGAGAUGAUGCGACUGUGUUGGGCCCUAGUACUGAUUUUUUCUUAUUCCACUUCAGAAGGCACUAUAAUCAUCACAGAGCCUGGUGAGAGCAUCACUUUGAAGUGUUCCUCAGAAGAAUGCCCCAAAAACAAUGGUCGAUAUGCUGGGAUGUAUCUGUAUCAUAGGUUUACUGAACAGAAUGAGGUGUAUUACUAUAGAAACCAUGUAAACAGCAAAGUCGCUGUGCGAUCGAAAUACAAAGGCAGGAUUGAGUCAAACGGAGCUCCCAUGAACCACAGCAUCACCAUGACCAAUCUGACUGUGGAUGAUUCUGGUGUCUACACUUGUGUCUACAAAGAAUCAGUAGACAAAAGUGUUGAGUGCAAAGUCUACACAGUUUUUGUAAGAGAAAUAACAAACAAACCUAACAGAGAGCUCCAGACGACCACAGAGAAGAGACGUCUACCUGGUGGUAAUCGUGAGCAUAAUACUACCGAGCAUCCCAAAGAACCAUGUUCCAGACAAAAAGCGCUCUUGUCCACUGCAGAGGAGAGACAUCUACCUCUGGUGUUAAUCAUCAGUAUUUCCACCAUCAUCCUGCUGUUCAUCAUAAUCUUAAUCCUACUGAUGAUCCAGAAGGCGAGAAAAAUGAAAAGCCAUGAAAGAAAAGCAAGACCUUCCCUGCAAGGAUCCAAUGAUUAUGUGUAUGAAGUUAUGAUGAAGACCAACAGGUGCCCAGCAGCAGCUCCAGAGCAGCCAACACAAAACCCCUAUGAGCUUGUUUAGAUAUGUAGUCGAAUAUUAUUCACUUCUGGAGGGUUUCUUUUGAAGCUGUUGAUGGGGUGUUUUUUCUUCUUCUUUUGUUUCACUGCUUUUGGUUGAUUUUUGUUUUUGAAGUGAUAUAAAUCACAAUGAUGCACUCAAAGUGACCAUUCAUAGUGUUGCAUUGCCUCUG